GGAGCUGGGUCAGGGUGUGGACACGUGUGGACACGUGUAUGGAAGGGCCUGGGGGGUUGUUGUCAAGGCUGCCCAGGCAUAUGUGUAUGUGGGGCUCUGGUGAGGAGUCAUGAGGAGAGGGGUUAACAGGACUGCUUAUGAGGAGUCGUGGGGAUGGAGUCAUGCUUGGGAGAGUUGUGUACUGAAGCAGCUGUUUUCUAGUCUGAGAGGAACGGCCUCAGAGAGCGGCAGCCCCAGGGGCGGCAAGAUGAAUGUGGGCACGGCGCACAGUGAGGUGAACCCCAACACGAGGGUGAUGAACAGUCGGGGCAUCUGGCUCUCGUACGUGCUGGCCAUCGGGCUCCUCCACGUUGUGCUGCUCAGUAUUCCUUUUGUCAGCGUCCCAGUCGUCUGGACCCUCACCAACCUCAUCCACAACAUGGGUAUGUACAUCUUUCUACAUACAGUAAAGGGAACACCCUUUGAGACACCUGACCAGGGUAAGGCACGGUUGCUCACUCACUGGGAACAGAUGGACUAUGGUGUACAGUUCACGGCCUCCCGAAAGUUCCUGACCAUCACACCGAUUGUGCUGUAUUUCCUAACCAGCUUCUAUACCAAGUACGACCAGCUCCACUUCAUCCUCAACACAGUGUCUCUGAUGAGUGUGCUGAUCCCCAAGCUGCCUCAGCUCCAUGGCGUCCGGAUUUUUGGGAUUAAUAAGUACUGAGGGCCCAGCCCCCUCCUUGCCCUGCCCUAGGGGAAUCUGAGGAGAUGAAGAUGAAGGGGGCCUCCAUGCAGGUGCCCAGAGACUGGUGUUGAGCCUGUGGGCCUAGUUAAAGCUGUCCCUUCCCCCUAUUCCCCCCACCCCUCCCCCCAGUAGUCAAAAUGGAGUAGCCUUUAGUGGGGUUAGAGAGGGGGAUUCUCCCCUGUUCCCCCCUCCCCUCUCAGUGGCUUUGUGCCCUUUUUGAUUUUUUCCCAUUUGGAUAGAGAAUAAAUGUGGGAGGGGUUGUGUGGUACUUAAGUGGGCCCAGCUACUUGGGCUGAGGAGGCACAGAGGAUGUUGGGAAACCCCAUGCAUUCACUGUAACUCUGGCCAAUGCACUUUAACCCCCUCCCCGGGCAGGGGGGCAGAGGAAAUGGUACAGCCUCUAGAUCAUAUUUCACUUUAAUUCUCUUGGUUGACAGAGAGAGAGAGAGAAAGUAUGUGUGUGUGUGUGUGUGUGUGUGUGUGUGUGUGUGUGUGUGUGUGUGAGUAUGAGUGUGAGUGUGAGGAGAAAGAGAGAGAAACAUGUGUGAGUCUAUGCAUGCAAUUCUACCUUUCAGGGCAGAACAUUGUCUGUCUAUCCACCCAGUCAAGUCCAUUAGGUACACAAAAGAUCAAGGAAAAAGUGUUUAAGCACUUGGGAGUGGGGAAGGUACUGUGAGUGGGUAAGGAAUCAGGGGUAGCUUAGUCCCCAAGGUAGGAAGAACCUAAGGCUCUGACUUAGCCUGGGGUGGGACUGGGAGGGCAGCUGGAAGAGGUCGGGACAGUGAGUAGUGAGUUUGUGAUGCUGGAAAGGAGCAAAAAGCAGAAAGGAGAGUUACAAAUGGAGGCUCCUUUUCUUGGUUCUUGAGCCACUUUCAAGGGGAGGAGACAGAGAACUCAUCUUCUGAAUGUGGGGUGGCGAGGUGAAGGGACAAGGUUGAGCCUGUCACCUUUGUUAGUAUCUCAGCUUUGGGCUAUAGUGUUGAGGCAGAGGAAUAUGAGUCCUCAAGGGACUGGUGUUGUCACCUACCGAUGAGGGCUGUGGAGGGUGGUGAGCACAGAGCCCACUCUGCACUGGCUUUAGGAGAGGGGCAGGUAGUGUAGCCUCUGGUUGGGUAGUAGAAGAGUGUCCUUGUCCCCCCUGCACACCGCCCUCCCCUCCCCAUCAGCCUGCCUUUCUUCAUCUCCCUCCUAGUACCACUUAGCUGGAGACCAGGUCCUUUUGGGCAUGCAGCAUAGGUUGCAAGGAUGGGUGGGUAUUUUGUUAGUGUCGGUUGAUUUGCCCCUUAUUUUUCCUGCUCUUGAGGCAUCUGUCAUUUGGAGCUGGCACUAUUCAAGUAGACGUGGCCCACUGCCCCCGAGCUUCUCUUCCUGGUAGCUAGCCACUGAGAGGAGGAAAGAAGUGGGGCUCAGGGGGGAAUUGAGGAGUUUUACUUUGGAGAAAGAGGAGAUGCAAGAGAGAGAACAUGUGUGUGUCUGCACACAUGUGCACGUGUAUGCUUGUGUACAAGAUCCUGUGUGUUCUGAGACACCUUCUGCUCCUUCCCCAAAGUGCGAGGGAAGAGGGGUGAUCACUACGCCUUGUUCUCUGCCUCUUGUGCCACCUCCCUCACAACCGCCAUCCCAUGUAUUAUAGGGAACUUUCAAUUCAGAACCUUUCUAAGACAGUAUGAAUAGGAUUUUUACUCCCUCUUUGUACAGUAUUCUGAAAGAAGCAAAUAAAAGGCAGUGUGUUCCUGUCC